GGAAGCCAUGUUGGAGUUUCACCCCGAGCGAGGGGCUGCGAGCGUUCUCCUCUCCUUGUGGGUGUGACCGGGCUUUGGCGCGGCGGCGGGCUGCGGGGGGCGGGGACGGUUAGGCCGGUCGUCGUCGUCCGCGGCGGCGUGAGGGGAGCGGCGGCGGCGGCCUCAGCGUGGAGCCGGGCGAUUGUGACCGCCGGGGGAGCAGGGGGCCAGCAGCGGCGCCCACUCUCCGUGUGGCCCCCUGAGCGCCCCCCCUCCCUUGCCCGGGAGGGAGGCGGGGGGCACCCGGGGCCCGCCAUGAACCCCGGCUUCGAUCUGUCCCGUCGGAACCCGCAGGAGGACUUCGAGCUGAUUCAGCGCAUCGGCAGCGGCACCUACGGCGACGUCUACAAGGCACGGAAUGUUAACACUGGUGAAUUAGCAGCAAUUAAAGUAAUAAAAUUGGAACCAGGAGAAGACUUUGCAGUUGUGCAGCAAGAAAUUAUUAUGAUGAAAGACUGUAAACACCCAAAUAUUGUUGCUUAUUUUGGAAGCUAUCUCAGGCGAGAUAAACUUUGGAUUUGCAUGGAGUUUUGUGGAGGUGGUUCUUUACAAGAUAUUUAUCAUGUAACUGGACCUCUGUCUGAACUGCAAAUUGCAUAUGUUAGCAGAGAAACACUACAGGGAUUAUAUUAUCUUCAUAGUAAAGGAAAAAUGCACAGAGAUAUAAAGGGAGCUAACAUUCUAUUAACAGACAAUGGCCAUGUGAAAUUGGCUGAUUUUGGAGUAUCUGCACAGAUAACAGCUACAAUUGCCAAACGGAAGUCUUUCAUUGGUACACCAUAUUGGAUGGCUCCAGAAGUCGCAGCUGUUGAGAGGAAAGGGGGUUACAAUCAGCUCUGUGAUCUCUGGGCAGUGGGAAUCACAGCGAUAGAACUUGCCGAGCUUCAGCCUCCUAUGUUUGACUUACACCCAAUGAGAGCAUUGUUUCUAAUGACAAAAAGCAAUUUUCAGCCUCCUAAACUGAAGGAUAAAAUGAAGUGGUCAAAUAGUUUUCAUCAUUUUGUGAAAAUGGCACUUACCAAAAAUCCAAAAAAAAGACCUACUGCUGAAAAAUUACUGCAGCACCCUUUUGUCACACAACCUUUGACACGGUCUUUGGCAAUCGAGCUAUUGGAUAAAGUGAAUAAUCCAGAUCAUUCCACUUACCAUGAUUUUGAUGAUGAUGAUCCUGAGCCUCUUGUUGCUGUACCACAUAGAAUUCAUUCAACAAGUAGAAAUGUGAGAGAAGAGAAAACACGCUCAGAGAUAAACUUUGGCCAAGUGAAAUUUGACCCACCCUUAAGGAAGGAGACAGAACCACAUCAUGAACUCGAUCUACAACUAGAAUAUGGACAAGGACACCAAGGUAGUUACUUUUUAGGUGCAAACAAGAGUCUUUUGAAGUCCGUUGAAGAAGAAUUACAUCAGCGAGGACAUGUGGCACAUUUAGAAGAUGAUGAAGGAGAUGAUGAUGAAUCUAAACAUUCAACCAUGAAAGCAAAAGUUCCACCUCCUUUACCACCAAAGCCUAAGUCCAUCUUUAUACCACAGGAAAUUCAUUCUGCUGAGGAUGAUAAUCAAGGAACAAUCAAGAGAUGUCCCACAUCAGGGAGCCCAGCAAAACCAUCCCAAGUUCCACCUAGGCCACCACCUCCCAGGUUACCCCCACAAAAGCCUAUUGCUUUAGGAAAUGGAGUGAGCUCUUUCCAGUUAAAUGGUGAACGAGAUGGCUCAUUACAUCAACAACAGAAUGAAUACAGAGGCACAAACCUUUCAAGGAAAGAAAAGAAAGAUGUACCAAAGCCUAUUAGUAACGGUCUUCCCCCAACACCUAAAGUGCAUAUGGGUGCAUGUUUUUCAAAGGUUUUUAAUGGGUGUCCGUUGAAAAUUCACUGUGCAACAUCAUGGAUAAACCCAGAUACAAGAGAUCAGUACUUGAUAUUUGGUGCUGAAGAAGGGAUUUAUACCCUGAAUCUUAAUGAACUUCAUGAAACAUCAAUGGAACAGCUAUUCCCUCGAAGGUGUACAUGGUUGUAUGUAAUGAACAAUUGCUUGCUAUCAAUAUCUGGUAAAGCUUCUCAGCUUUAUUCUCACAAUUUGCCAGGGCUUUUUGAUUAUGCAAGACAAAUGCAAAAGUUACCUGUUGCUAUUCCAGCACACAAGCUCCCUGACAGAAUACUGCCAAGGAAAUUUGCUGUAUCAGCAAAAAUCCCUGAAACCAAGUGCUGUCAGAAGUGUUGUGUUGUGAGAAAUCCUUAUACAGGCCAUAAAUACCUAUGCGGGGCACUUCAGACUAGCAUUGUUCUGUUAGAGUGGGUUGAACCAAUGCAGAAAUUUAUGUUAAUUAAGCACAUAGAUUUUCCUAUACCAUGUCCACUUAGAAUGUUUGAAAUGCUGGUAGUUCCUGAACAGGAGUACCCUUUAGUUUGUGUUGGUGUCAGUAGAGGGAGAGACUUCAACCAGGUGGUUCGAUUUGAGACUGUCAAUCCAAAUUCUACCUCAUCAUGGUUUACAGAAUCAGAUACCCCACAGACAAAUGUUACUCAUGUAACCCAGUUAGAGAGAGAUACCAUCCUUGUAUGCCUGGACUGUUGUAUAAAAAUAGUAAAUCUCCAAGGAAGAUUAAAAUCUAGCAGAAAAUUAUCAUCAGAACUCACCUUUGAUUUCCAGAUUGAAUCAAUAGUUUGCCUACAAGACAGUGUGCUAGCUUUCUGGAAACAUGGAAUGCAAGGUCGAAGUUUUAGAUCUAAUGAGGUAACACAAGAAAUUUCAGAUAGCACAAGAAUUUUCAGGCUACUUGGAUCUGACAGGGUCGUGGUUUUGGAAAGUAGGCCAACUGAUAACCCCACAGCAAAUAGCAAUUUAUACAUCCUGGCGGGUCAUGAAAACAGUUACUGAGAAAUGCUGUGCUUUGACAGUUAACUGUAGAAAAAAAGAACACUACCACUACAACAUUAACGGAUGCUUGAAGCUGUACAAAAGCUGCAGUAACCUGACUUCAGUUACUUUGUAAUUUAUUGUGGCAUGAGACAAGAUGGGGAAAUUUUUUGUUUUAAGUGGUAUGGAUAUAUUUAGCAUAUUGAACCACACAAGUGCUGAAUUCAUUGUUAUGUAAUCUUUGUACAUAUAGGCAGUAUUUUUCUGUGGAACUUCAUAUUGCUGAAGACAUACACUAAGAAUUUAUGUAGAUAAUGUACUUUUAUGAGAUGUACAAGUAAGUGUCUUAUCUGUACAGAUGUAAAUGCUGAUGAAAAUGCAAUUGGGGUUAAUAUUUUAAGAAUUCUUUAGUAUAUUCUUGGGUGUGGUUAUAUUACAAAAUGGGAUGCUGGCAAUGAAACAGUACAUUUAACACUAUUGUAUUUUUAUUAUAUGUAAUUUAGUAAUAUGAAUAUAAAUCUUGUAACUUUUAAAAUUGUAAUGGAGGCUGUAAUCAUUUUAUAAUCUUGUUUUUAAUUUUAAUGCAAGUACACUGGUGUUGAUAUUUGCACAAAGUAUUGAUAUGUGAUGUAUUAAGUCACGAAAGUAAGCUGUGACAUUGUCAAUAUGCAUUUGGCUCCACAACAUCUUUUUAAAAUAUAUUUGGAUUGUUUUCUAUGUGAAACAAACCUAUUAAUAACCACCUGUUGUAGUAACUGGUCUUUUUAUAUUUAAGAAGAAUCCUGUAAGAUUGCUUGUCUGUGCUUAAAAACAGUACCUUUGAAAAAAUUUUGAAUCACAGAAUAGCGGUACCAUGAUGUAACACUGCAAUUGUCUGAAAUACAGUAUGCACAAAGAAUAAAUUAGCAUUAUUAAAGAGUCCACACUAAACAUUUCAUAUAAUCACAUUGAGGAACUAUAACAUUCCAUAGAGUGAGUGAAGUGGUUCAAAUUUCUCAUGGAAUUUUUACUUUUGUUGGCCUUAUUUUAUGAUCAUUGUCAUAUUGCUUUUGAUUUAGAGUAUUAACACAUGGCCAAAAUAAUUUAGUUACUACCUCAUACAAACAAAUGGUUACUACACAUCACAGGAACUUAGUUUUGGUUGAAGUCAUUUUUGAUUGUUUUUUUUCAAUGAAUAUGUAUAUACCAAGUUUUAGCAAAAUGCACACUUUUGGCUCUUUUGGGUAUAAUGUUCUUUAUAUUUUAAUGUGAGUGUAUACACUAAGAACAAACUAAAUUGUGA